GCGGAUGUACAAUAGCAAACUCCGCGCAGUGUUACUUCCCUUGCAGUACAGUAAUCACUGCCUUCACAAAUAUCACGUGAUGAUAGAAACGGCACGUGAUUGCAAUUUACAAAAUGGACGGAACACCUUUAAAAGAAAUUCCAGCAACAUGUUUCAUUUGUUUAGAAAAUAAACGAUUUUAUUCCAUAAAAGGAAAAAAUGCAAAACGUUCGAUACAUGUCUGAAUAGCUAACAACACAUCCAUGUUGAUAUUGGAAGUAACACUGCGCGGAGUUUGGUACAAUAGCCCAAAUAAAGAGAAAGAAGUCUCCAGAGAAGAUCGUUUGGUUUGUGAUAACUAGUUUUAUCAGCUAGAUACUGUGUGAAUUGCGAGGAAAACUCCACACAACAGUAACUUCCUUUUGCUGUACAGUACUUCCCUGCUCUUCAAGGGAUAUUACUGUGUGGGAGAUUGUUAGUGAGGAUGAAACUUCUUCAAGCUUGCAGUAGACUGUAUACAACACAGGCGGCAGUUAAUUCGAGACAGCUAAAGUCAGCCUAUGAUGCUGUAGUUAUUGGCGGAGGCCAUAAUGGUUUGGUCUGUGCCUCCUACCUGCAGAAGGCGGGGCUGGAUGUGUGUGUUCUGGAACGGCGCCAUUUGAUUGGUGGAGCUGCAGUCACUGAGGAGAUUGUUCCAGGUUAUAAGUUCUCCAGAGCCUCCUAUGUGUUGAGUUUGCUGAGACCACAGAUUGUUUCAGAUCUCGACUUGAAGAAGUAUGGUUUAAAGGUGUACCUCCGAGACCCGAAUGCCUACACGCCCCUUAUUGAGCCAGUCAGGGUCAAAGGUCAAGAGGUCAGGUCCUUGACCUUGGGUAGGGAUGCUGCUAAAAAUAGACAACAGAUUGCACAGUUCUCUGAAAGAGAUGCACAGAGGUACACAGAGUUUGAAGCCUUGUUGGACAGAAUAGUGACCUCCCUGGACCCUAUGUUGGAUAGUGCCCCGGUAGAUGUGUCAUCACCAUGGAAACACAGGUCACUCAGAGAGAAGUAUGCCACCUUGACCAAGGCUAAACAGCUUUACAACUGUGCACGGCAGCUUGGUAGAGACAGCCUUGCCUUUUAUGAGCUGAUGACAGCUCCUGCAGUGAAGGUGCUCGAUAAGUGGUUCGAAUCAGAGCCCUUGAAGGCCACGCUUGCCACUGAUGCUGUUAUAGGAGCUAUGAUGAGCCCAGAAAGCCCCGGGAGUGGCUAUGUGCUGCUGCACCACGUGAUGGGGGAACUUGAGGGUGUCAAGGGGGCCUGGGGAUAUGUUGAGGGAGGCAUGGGAGCAGUCUCCAACGCCAUAGCCGACUGUGCCUUAGACCAUGGGGCUAGUGUCUUCACUAAAAAGCCAGUGAAGGAAAUAAUCACCCGAAACAACGAGGCAUGUGGUGUUGUCCUGGACGACGGUACCGAGAUCAAGGCCAAGGUUGUCCUGUCUAAUGCCACACCAAAAGUCACCUUCCUCGACCUGCUCACUGAGAAUGUGUUGCCAGAAGAGAUGAGAAAAGACCUGGAGCUGGUCAGCUUUGAAUCUCCUGUGACAAAAAUCAAUGUGGCUGUUAACAAGAUACCCAACUUCCUAGCCGACCCUAACACUGGACCAGACUCUGUGAUGCCGCACCACCGGUGUACCAUACACCUGAACUGUGAAGACACUGCCGACAUCACACAGGCUUACCUCGCUGCCAAGGCUGGGGAAUACUCCAGCAGGCCAAUGAUUGAGAUGACAGUCCCCUCAAGCCUUGACCCGACCUUGGCCCCGCCAGGCCACCAUGUUGUUCUGCUGUUUACCCAGUAUACUCCAUAUACAUUGGCUGGUGGGAAAGCUUGGGACGAGGAUGAGAAAAACAAAUAUGCUGAUAUGGUGUUUGGUUGUAUAGAGCAGUAUGCCCCAGGGUUCCAGGAAAGCGUUGUAGGGCGGGACAUUCUAACCCCUCCUGACCUUGAACAGAUAUUCGGCCUCACUGGCGGGAACAUAUUCCAUGGGUCUAUGUCCCUGGACCAGCUGUACAUGAGCCGCCCCGUCCCCUCCAUGUGUAACUACAGAUUGCCCGUCCGCGGUCUCUACCUUUGUGGGAGUGGCGCACAUCCAGGAGGUGGAGUGAUGGGUUCCCCAGGCCGGCUAGCAGCUCUCACUGUGCUGUUGGACAGAAAAUAGACCAGAAUCCACAUGUUCAAUCAUAAAAUACUUAAUAGACUACACACAUGUAUAAUUCUAUUUGACUAACAGUAUCACAUCUUUUGAUUCUUUUAACAAACAUCUACAUGUGAACAACUUAUGGUGGUUGUCUAAAACCUUAACAGUGGGUUUGUUUUAUAAUCAUAUGAAUGAUACCUAAAGGUUUUCUAUCACAUUUUGUUUAAUAUUCAAGGGUUAAUUGAUCAUAACCAUGAUUUUGCCUAGUUUCACUAUGGAUUAUUAUGAAUAAAUAUUUGAUAAAUUUAACCAUUAUUAUUAUAACUUGAGCUUAUGGAAUGAAGAGCCCAUGAUUUAAAAUUUCUCUUCUGACUUGAGUACAAAAAAAUGGGGUUUUGUCAUAGCCUAUGUGUCAUGUCAGGAAACAUUAUGCAAAAACAAAAGCCUUGGUCAUAAUUCAAAAAACCAUUCAGGAUAUUCAUACAAAACUUGGUAUACAUGCUGCCACACCCUUGAGACAAAACACCCUUGUAUAGCAAGCCCUGAACAUCUGGUUUUACUUUCUUUUGAGUUAUGUCUCUUGUUUGGUUUUGAAAGCAUUAACACACUAGCUUUGCCCCUCAGGGAUCUUGUUUACCAUCUUAAAACAAUUUUAGCCCAUUUAACUAUGAUAUGUAAAAUGGUUUGAGCUUAUGUAAUGAAGAACCAAUCACUUUAUUUCCACAUUGUGUUAAAACAGUAUGGGUCUAUCUAUGGCUAUAGUGUUUCACCAGUGUGAGGUUUUCUUGCCAGCAUGAUUGAUGGCUAUAGAGUAAUCUUUUCAUUGCAUUUUCUAACAGCAUUAGCCCGAAAUAUCAGUACAUGUUUGAGCAAUGGGGCGAAUACAAUUAAUAAUAAAGAUAUAUAUUUUACUUACUAAUCAAUUCACAUUAUGUUUGGAAAAUACAUGUACUGUAAUGAUAUUCAAUGUAUUAAAUGCAUAUUUUGUUAUGAUCUUGUUUGAAUAUUAUGGAUACAUAUUUAAUUAUUUAUACCACAAUAGAUUAUCCAUGAGGUAAUGACGAAAAGCAAACACAUCAUA